AUGGUGAAUCCUAGUUCGGAUGUUGUCAUUUUCAAUGCAACUGCUUCUGAGAUUGAAUAUCCACCGUUCAAUGAUGAUUGUGAUAAAACAAUCGAAAUCUCAGAUAGCUCUCCACCGAGGAAAUCGGUUAGGGAAAAACGCAACCUUGAAUAUCGAUCGAGCUUCAUCCCCAAUUCGAAACGAUCAUGCAUCGCCUAUCGGAAAGCAUUAGAUUUCACGUCGAAUAACAGUAGCACUUUCGAAAACCCGUUCUUCGUUUCUGUCAUGCGCCCGUCCUAUGUUUCUUAUAAGUUCCUGUUGGUUUCAUGGCAUCUUUGUUUAAUCCAUGACGAACUUUUCAAAGAGAUACAAGAUAGUCCGAUGGAUAUAAAUGCUAUUGUGGCAAAGAGACGAAGGGAUUUUACGGGGGACUUCUUUCGCCACCUCACUUUGCUCUCCGAAACCUACGACAGUUUGGAAGAUCGAGAUGGGCUUGCUCGUCUGGGAGCCAGAUGCUUAUCUGCAGUCAGUGCUUUCGACAACACUUUGGAUAUUGUGGAUACUUUAGACACUGCCCAGGAGAAGUUCGACGAAAUCUUGAAUUCUCCUUCAGUAGAUGCUGCGUGUGAUAAGAUUAAAAGCCUAGCCAAGUCAAAGGAGCUCGAUUCUUCUUUGAUUCUGUUGAUAAACGGUGCUUGGGCUUCUGCAAAGGAUUCUCCUACCAUUAAAAACGAGGUGAAAGAUAUAAUGUACCGUUUAUACAAGGCAACUCAAAGUAGUUUGAGAAGUAUCGCACCGAAAGAAAUCAAACUGCUCAAAUAUUUGCUGAACAUCACGGACCCGGAAGAGCGAUUUUCAGCAUUAGCCACUGCAUUCUGCCCAGGCGACAAUCCUAAUAAUGUCAAAGAAUCAAAUGCUAUAUACACAACACCGAAGGAGCUGCACAAGUGGAUCAAGAUAAUGCUCGACGCAUAUAAUCUGAGUAAAGAAGAGAGCGAAAUUAGGGAAGCCAGGAAAUUGAGUCAACCCGUUGUCAUACAGAGACUUUUCAUCCUUAAAGAAACCAUCGAAGUGGAGUAUUUGGAGCAGAGUACCAAAACAGAGACACAAGAAGAGGAGGAAGUAGACGAAUCGGGAGAUAUUUUUUCUCAUCAACCGACUCUGUGAGAGAGCUACUAAA